AUGAGCCCAGAGCAGGCCUUCUUGGUGGUAGAUCUGACUGAGAGGCCUAAGUUAACGCUCACCAUCCAUGGGAGGCGCUUUGAAGGCAUCUUAGACACCGGCGCCGACCGCAGUAUCAUCUCCUCUCAUUGGUGGCCAAAGGGCUGGCCACUGGUGAAGACGGACCAUGCGCUCCAGGGCCUAGGUUAUGCACAGAGCCCUGAUGUGAGUACGCAGCUGCUCCCUUGGCGUAGUGAGGAAGGGAAGAAGGGGACUUUCACACCUUAUGUGUUACCACUCCCCGUGAACCUAUGGGGUAGAGACGUGCUAGCAGCGAUGGGCAUGGUCUUAACAACCGACUACUCCCUAAAGGCUCAGCAGAUGAUGCAUAAGAUGGGAUAUCAUCCUGGCGAGGGUCUAGGUAGGAAAUCGAACGGCAUAACAACACCUUUACAAGUGGAGGGGCAGACCGAUAGGAAGGGGCUGGGUUUUUAG